GCAUCGCGAAAGAAGAGUCAACCACCCAAAAAAUAAAACCAAAAACUCAGCCAACUCAACCCUCAAACCAGCUCAGCCCCGAUGCUGACGAAUUCUUGGUUUAAAUCUGUCUUUACCGUUCGUUACAACGCCACUGACGACAACGUAAUUCAUAUUCAGUGACUAUUUUAUUUCAGGGACUCGAUUGUGAAUUUUCAAUUACAUACCGACACCUGACAAGUUAAUUUUGGGUGCCUGGUUCGUUCGGAUGUGCUGUCGAAAUCAAAGUAUUAAUCCCUGUCCACGUUGACGAUAGACGAUAUAUAUUUAGAUUCAACCCAACCCUGUGGUUAAACCUUGGAUCGACAGACAUUUCCCUUCGACACGAGGUGGCGCGAUCGAUUAAACUUCCCUGGUUUUAUUCGCACGAUCAGGGGAUACGCCUCAUCUUCAUUCUUUAUCCCUGUUCUUUUUACUCAUCAUCUUUAGGCCGGACUCUCAUAUAAAACAAUACCCUCACAUUCUAAGAAAUCUGCGAAACUGGAUAAAUCAACAAAUAUGUACGAGGGCGAAUAUGUUGAGGCACGUUCGCUAGCCUCAUUAAACUAUCUAGCCGCCAAUCCGCCGCAAUAUCCGAAAAAGCCUAACGAAGAAAGGCAAGAUCCGAUCACUCUAUACAUUUCAAGAGUACCCGGUACAAGAGAUAUCAUCCUCUCAACUCAAAAACCACAGGUUAAGAAUGUCACAGCAGAAGAUGUGGCUAGUUCAUUAUACUACGUUCAUUUAAACACCCCUGAAGAUGAGGCACUUAUACCGCCCCCUAGCCAGGCCUUACCUUCAUCGUCUCCUAGAACGAGCGAGGAGAGCUCAAGGUCAGGUAACCAGAUCCAUAGGAAGCCGGUACCUGGGGGCUCAAGUCUCGCCUCAUCACGAACAGACGAUAAUGGACAAUUACCUCCACUCGGAAAAGAAAACCAAGGGUAUGGCAGUUCAGCGCAAAUCCCGAUAAGAAAGCCAAUUCCUCAAUCUGGCCCACCGGGUCCUUCGCAACAGUCCCUAUCCCCUCAACCCGCGCCACCAGCCGUUCCCGUUCACAGAAAACCUCUUGGUCCUAGACCGGUUACAGCGGACUCUUAUGACAGAAACUUACCACGAGGACCAGUUUACGACCAACCAGAAUAUCCACCUAGAUUAAGUAUGGAUCAACCACCAUUACCAGCUCGACCAAGUGAAUUACCAGAUCCCUAUAGUUCAAUUGGUAAUGGCCGAUCACCAUCGCCCACUAAACAGCGUCCAUUCGCCCCGUUUUCUUUAACCCUAAUUAGGAGAGAUCCGAGCUCAGGCCAGCAAUGGAACGUUGGAAAAGUAGCAUCGUUCCAAUUAGAAAACCCCGAGCUCAUUAACGAUGAAAAGCAUCACCAACCUUCUCCGUCGAUUAUUAUACAUUUAGAGACAUCCGGAUACGCUAAAUUCCGCGGUAUGCCCGCUCAAGCACCCGCGGAUAUAAGAGGCAGUCUCGACCUCCGUCCUGGAAGCGCAUCCUCCGCAUCACGUUUCCCGGCACCUGACCUUACUACGGCCUCGAAUGCUUUCGAGCGGCAAGUUAUGAUGUCAUAUUCGAAAUCGUUCACCGCUGGUUUGCGAGAGAAAUUCCGGCACCAUCGUGGUUCAUCCGAUGAUGAUCGAGCGGUUUCACCCGCUAACCGACCACAGCAUGACCGACACGGAAGUGUCGCUUCUAUAGGGUCGUUCGGUGGGGAUUUUGAUGGCGGCGAGGCUCCGGUUAUCACCCAGCCCGCCCCUGGUCUCCGACCGCGCGGUUAUGUGUUUAAUUCCCCAUGGGGUGGUCGCUGUGAAUUCGUAACUGGAAAUGCGGGGCGUAGUCUUAGAUGCUUGCAUAUCCUCCCGACAUAUACCGGCGCAGUUUUCAACCCACUAGUUGACGGAGGGGAUUCUUGCAGUGGAAAUGGUGGUGGGGCCCACAAAACCAAAGGCCAGCCGAUAAGCGAACUCCGGUUCAACCUUCCAAGUAGCGAGAUCUUCAACGAGAAAAAGUCUGCACCUGAGGGGGCCGCGCGGGCAAGGGAUCAGAUACAGAGCCAGUUUAAUCGGGUGCUUCAAAAGGCGCAAGGUUUAGAUAGGGAUAGUGACGAUGAUGCGGAUUGGCAUCUAGAUCUUAGUCUCGGACGAGAAAGAGCAGGUGGUGGAAAUAGAGGAAAGAGGGCGAAGAUGGGGAAGCUGAUUGUUUUUGAUGAGGGUUUGAAGAUGCUGGAUUUGGUAGUUGCUGCGAAUGUGGGGGUUUGGUGGACUUCUUGGGAGAGAACUUAUUAAGUAAUCAAGGGUAUUGUUUCGUUGGGGUGGUACGAGGGUUGUGGUAAUGAGAAGGGUAAGGGUAUGACAAUGGAGGG